UCGCCCUCAUUGUGCGAGAGAAAAACGUAAAUAGAAAAAAAAGUUUACACAAAUAUUGGAUCGUACUGAAGAAGUUUGUAACUUCCCCCUUGGACGGUGCGUUGUGUUCCGAUUUGCGACGGUACAUUUACGGAAGCUGUUACUACAAUAAAUUGGAACCUGCAUCAAGCACAAUCGGAACUGAAGCCCUACGGUGUGAUGGAAUGUCUGUGCUGUAAGCUCCUGUAGGGUGGCAAUUGGGUUAGGACCAGCUGAAGGCAGAAGCAGAAAGAAUGCAUCUGUCAGAAAUUCCUUAGUUUGUCGCGAGGAAUUUCGGAAUUGUUGUAGAUAAAUAGCUCGGAACUAAUGCAUUGUAGUUAACGGAGUAGGAAAAAGGCUCAGUUUCCCCGGACGGAAGGAGCUAGCGAGGUGCGCCGUGGAACCCUUUGCGAGAUGAAAAGUGAUCUGGGUUUUAUCACGGAAGCGGUACAUUAGUGCGGAAGUGCGUGUUACUCAUCCGAUGCUGCAGUGGUGUUAACCAGCGAGAAAGGAACACGCUCGACACAACAAGUUACAGUGCAAAAGAAGACCUGGCCGGAGCUGGCAGGCAAUCUGAUAAUCGCACGGAAUCAAUCGGGAUGAGUGCAAUAACGAGACGGUUAUAAGCGAUGGGCGAUAAACCGAAACAAUAACAAACAACAACAAAACACCUGACACAUCAUCGACUCUCGGUCGCUGGUCGAAAUGGUGUUUCCUUGGUGUCGCCGACCAACGGAGCUGGCUAUGCAGAUCUUUUAAUAGAAAUUUGUGUGUGUGUGUGUGUGUAUGUUUUUUUUGCAUUGCUAGUCUCAUGAGCGCUUCUGGCUCGAGCAGGCAAGUCUCACUAUAUUUAUAAACGAGGUAUGUGUGUGUGUGUCUGUGUAGUUAGUGCAUGCAGCGAUGAGCAAAAGUGUCACAAGUCACGGUUCGUCCUGGUUAUGUGCGGUACAAUUGUACUGGAUCUCUCGCAACAAACCCUUUGCAAGUGUGUAAUGUGUGCGAAUUCGGUAUUGUAGUGAAAAUUAAUCACAACAAAGCAAAUCAACCAUCGUCCGACCUGUUCCGAUGGUACGCUACAAAAGUGCGGUCAAGUGCAAACGCGAAAACGUUCCCUCAGUUUCCUUCCGGUUCCGGCGCACAAUCGGGUCAACGGAUCGGGUCAGCAGGCGCUAGAGCGCACGGGGUACGGUGCGGUACGAGCAAAACAGAAAAAUCAAUCGAACGUAUCGUCCCGACGUCUGCGACGGUGACGGCGGAUUGGAGUUACUUGCGAGAGUGAACGAAAGCAAAACUAUUCGCCAGGAUGGCCUACAGCUCGGCCGACACGCACGACGCGCUGUGGAAGCAAAUAUUGGAAAACCACUGGAAGUAUGUCGAGUCCGAGGAAUCGAUGCUAAAGAUCGAACUGCGGCACGACCUAGAAGAUCUGAUAGAAAAACGUUUGGGAAAGGUGCCACCGAAUGAGAAAUUUUAUCUCGACGACACAAGAUACGCUUUCGAUAGCUCGGUCGCACAUCUGGAUGAUUUUUCGGCCUAUAAAGCAUCGAUCGGAUUUGAGGCAAUCAGCCAAUACGCUAACAAUCUGUUCGUGAAACCAUGGCGAAAGGAAUAUAAAGUGAUAAAGAUGUACUCUGGAUUCUACCAGCAUGAAAUAGCGGCCAAUCUGGUAAAUGCGGAAAAAUUAUUUCAAGCCAUGGGCUAUCAGCUGAUGCCGAACAAAACACUCGUGCUGGACGGUCCGAUCUGUCCGGAUCAAGUGAUGAAUGUUGCGCGAGACGCGAUUACAGCGUACGUGGAGUGUCAGAUGAUGAAACGAAUUUACAGUGAGCUUACUUCGCUGCGGCUAUCGAUAGAUUGGAUUGAUAUUUACAACUUCAGAAGCUACCACGCUGCUGAUGUAAUGCAAACAGUGAAGCAAAUGGCUCUGUCUAUACAAGAAAAGCAUCACAAAAAACAGCAAGCCAAAUUAAGAGGUAUACUAUGGAAAGCCGUAGUCAAUUAGUGUGUAGUUUUCUGUAGCGAUUGCUGUCUAAAAUCAUUUACACAUUAGUUAGCAUUAUGAUUAGUGUUAGUUUCACCUGCAUGUAAUCUAGAGGAAUGCAUUUAUAAUAAUUAUGUGUUUAAGUAUUAACACGUGCGCACGUAGAGCAACAUUCACUGGAAACCAAUGUUAAGUCAUUUAUUAUUCAUCUUCCUUUAAUAUGUCCGUGCUGUUUCCUGUCUACAAUCAGAUUUAGCUAUGAAAAUGUCAUGGUUGGAAUAUUUCAUGUGCUUGACUUUAUGUUAGUGGCUUAGUAGAUUGUUUUCCUUAGCAUUAUUGCUUGCUCCGCUUACAUGCUUAACCUGUGCGCGCACGAGUUCUCGUCCCAUCUAUACUAAGCUGAAAAAAAUAACUUUCAAAUCUAAAGUAUGUUUAUACUUUCCUGCAAUAACAGAAAGGAGUAAGCGUUAAUUUUAACUUUAAAUUUAUCUACCUUCUGUUCAACUGGCAUUUGCAAGCAACUAUAACAUUUCUCAAUUAGCCUAAUAUUCGCAUGAUCUACUAACGACGUAUGCAUUUAAAAACAAGGAUCUAUCUUUGGUCGGCGAUGAAAACAGAAAACUUCUACGAACAAGUCAAAAAUUAUGACAAUACGGCGUCAAGCCGUCUUAAUCAAACUUAACGCUCCCAUGUGUUCAACCCCUGCGAGGGCUCACGAUCACUUCAUCGGCCAUCUGCAUCAU